AUGAUUGCUGAAGUCUUGGAAGCCUUGACUCUACUGCAUGCCGCAAAUAUCAUACACGCAGAUCUCAAGCCGGACAACGUGCUGUUUGACGAGGGGAACGUCACGCAGAUUAUUCAGGAGCUUCUCGUCCAGGCUCAUCAGAUCGUCAACGGUGAAUUUGAAUUGAAUGGCGUGCAUCAUCCCAUCAUGCGAUCGCAGCCUAUUGCUCAUCCUCUUCGAUGGAACGACCGCGGUAUCAUGAUAGAAUUGUACACGGCUUAUGUGACGGAUUUCCAGAAUGGCAAGCGUUAUCUUUCGCAAUGGACCAAUGGAAAACCUCCGACGAGAACCACAAGUUCAUAUGACUUGCAUGCUCCAGAACAUAUCCUCGAGGCCAACUAUGGUGCCAAGGUGGAUGUGUGGGCGCUCGGCUGCAUGACUUUCGAGCUUCUCACCGGAAGUUCGCUGUUCCUUUCACAAUGAGGCCAACCUUGGAGUAUUGAGGAUGACCAUUUGGCCGAGAGGCGCAGCUGACAGGGGAAUGUUUCUCUGAAAAGCUCCUCACGAGGUCUCCGAAGCAUAAUGAGGAUUUUGCUGAGAGCGGUACUGCGCGUCGAUCAAUCAAUGAUAGAUUGCAGUUUACCGGAAUCAGAAGCCGCUGCCGCGUUCAUCCAUGCGUGUUUGUACUUGGAUCCAGAAGAACGAUUUUCGGCCCAUAACUUGUGCCUACAUCCAUGGAUGGAGUCUGCACAUAUAUGCUGCUAGGGACCUGACCGGGGCCAGGUUUAGGUGAU